GGAAGCGACAGUGCCGUCCGUUGCCAUGGCGACGGCGGGGAUGGGGAUUGGCUGGAGGCAUUUUCCAACAUGGCUGACCCCGUGGCGACCAUGAACGGGCAGGAAGGAGACGAGGAGGUCUCGUUGCCCCUGCAGGAUGGGACUGGAGACGAAUCCGGGGAUCAAGACAAGCUCGAUAUGGAGACGAAGGACGAUAUGCAAAGAGCAAUGGAAAUGAUUGGGAUGCAUCAGGGCCCUGCCAAGUCACUAGAAGAGGCUGGCAAGAAGCAUUAUCAAUUCUGGGAAACUCAGCCUGUUCCUCAAUUCAGUGAGAAGGCACCAGAUAUUGAUAAUGGUCCCAUUGUGAAGGAACGCCCAGCCAAACAUGAGCUUCGUCAAGAGCCCUAUUCCUUACCCCAGGGCUUUCAAUGGGACACGCUUGACAUCAAUAGUCCUGACAUUGCAUUGAGAAAAUAUUCUUUAGCACCAGUGAUUACGAAAGAAGAUUGUGAGCACUGGUUCCUGCCAAGACAGGAUAUUGUCAACAGCUAUGUUGUUGAAACUCAGGGAAAGAUCACAGAUUUUGCAAGUUUCUACACUCUCCCAUCGACUGUGAUGCAUCAUCCUACUCAUAAGCAAUUGAAGGCUGCAUAUUCAUUCUACAAUGCCAGCACUAAGACACCAUGGGUGGACCUCAUCCAAGAUGCACUUAUCACGGCCAAAAAUCUGUCAUAUGAUGUGUUCAAUGCCUUGGACCUCAUGGAGAAUACACAAUUUCUUGAGGAGCUCAAAUUUGGUGUUGGUGAUGGGAAUCUUCAUUACUACCUCUACAACUGGAGGUGUCAACCCAUGACUGCUGAACAGGUUCCUCUUCAGAUAUAUCAAAUUUAA